AUGCCUGUGUUAAAGAAACCCACUCUUGAAAAGUCUGCAAGCAAAGGCAGCGAGGAGGCAGAGGAGUUACCCAAGCUGCCUGUGCCACCUCUGCAGCAAACUAUGGACACGUAUCUAAAAUGCAUGAAGCACUUGGUCCCAGAAGAACAAUUUAAAAAAAGCAAAGCAGUUGUGGAUAGAUUUAUGAUGCCUGGUGGUGUGGGGGAAAUGCUGCAAAAAAAACUGCUGGAGCGACGAGAGAAAACAGAAAACUGGAUUCACCAGUACUGGCUUGAUGACAUGUAUUUAAAUAAUCGGGUGCCGCUCCCAGUCAACUCCAGUCCAGCAGUAAUAUUUGCACGUCACAACUUCCAGGAUGCCAAUGAUCAUCUGAGGUUUACCGCUAACCUCAUCUCAGGAGUGCUGGAUUACAAAACUUUAUUGGACAUGCAUGCUCUACCUGUAGAUUAUGCUCGAGGUCAGCUGUCUGGACAGCCUAUGUGCAUGAAGCAGUACUAUGGGCUAUUCUCUUCUUAUCGUCUUCCAGGGGCAACAAAGGAUACACUUGUGGCUCAGGAAAGCAGUAUCAUGCCAGAGCCAGAGCACAUUAUUGUUGCUUGUAACAACCAGUUUUUUGUGUUGGAUGUUGUUAUUAACUUCCGCCGUCUCAGCGAAGGUGACUUAUUCACCCAGCUUAGGAAAAUUGUUAGAAUGGCAGAAAAUGAAGAUGAGCGCCUUCCGCCAAUUGGACUACUGACAUCAGAUGGAAGAACUGAAUGGGCACAAGCUAGGGAGGUGUUAAUAAAAGAUUCCACAAACCGUGACUCUCUAGAUAUGAUUGAGCGGUGUAUGUGUCUAGUCUGCCUGGAUUCACCAACAGGGCUAGAGCUUAAUGAAGCCAACAGGGCGCUGCAGAUUCUUCAUGGAGGAGGGUAUGACAAAAAUGGAGGCAAUCGAUGGUAUGACAAACCUAUGCAGUUUGUUGUGGGCAGAGAUGGAGUUUGUGGAACCAUAUGUGAACAUUCACCCUUUGAUGGAAUAGUCCUUGUACAGUGUACAGAACACCUGCUAAAAUACAUGAAAAACAGUCCCAAAAAACUAGUAAGGGCAGACUCUGUGAGUGAACUCCCUGCACCUAGAAGGCUUAGGUGGAAAUGCUCCCCAGAAAUUCAGGGCCACUUAGCAUCAUCAGCUGAAAAACUUCAAAGGAUAGUGAAUAAUCUUGAUUUCACAGUCUAUAGAUUCAAAGGUUAUGGAAAAGAGUUUAUAAAAAUGCAGAAGAUGAGCCCGGAUGCUUUUAUUCAGCUUUCUCUACAGUUAGCAUUUUAUAGAUGCCACAGAAAGCUUGUCCCAACAUAUGAGAGUGCCUCUAUUCGCCGCUUUCGAAUGGGGAGAGUAGACAACAUAAGAUCAUCCACUGCGGAAGCUUUGGCAUUUGUAAAGGCAGUGGUGGAUGGUAAAGCUACAAUACCAGAUUCUGAGAAAAUGGAAUAUCUUAGAAAUGCUAUUGCGGCCCAGACAAAUUACACUAUUUUGGCCAUUACAGGGAUGGCAAUUGAUAACCACUUACUAGCGCUGAGAGAGCUGGCACGAGAACACUGCACGGAAUUGCCAGAGCUUUUUGCAGACGAAAUGUACAUGUUGGGCAAUCGAUUUAUACUUUCUACUAGCCAGGUCCCUACCACAAUGGAAAUGUUCUGCUGCUAUGGUCCAGUCGUGCCAAAUGGAUAUGGUGCCUGUUACAACCCACAGCCUGAAAACAUCCUCUUCUGCAUUUCAAGUUUUCGUGACUGCAAAGAAACGUCAUCUGACAUGUUUGCCAAAGCAGUGGAAGAAAGUUUAACUGCCAUGGGGGACCUAUGUGUACAAUAUAACACUAAGGCCCAAACACCAGUGAAGGAAAGAAAGUCUGAACCAAAGAAUGGACACAGAACCUAG